GGUACUCUGGAGAUGACUGACCAUAAAUAUGCCCAUAAACUAUGCUGGAAGGACGGUGCUUAGGCAGGAAUAAUUGCAAUCUGAAGAACGAAGACGCAGAAUGAAGACGCAGACAUCACGAGCUGAGGCAAAUUCCAGUACGAGUACCUAGCCAUGUCUGAUCAAGCUGAGAUUCUUCCCGGUAGAAGAAACCGACAGGGAAGCCAUGAACAGCUUAUUCAAGCCAACCCCAGCAUGACCCCAGCAAGUAACGGGAGAGGACAACUUACUGUCGACACAUCGAUUCAAGACACCCUAGAAAGGGCAAUUACCCUUGAUAAUACGAAUCAUAACUCAGAUGAACACAAACUACCGUCUGAGCAGAUGCAUGAACCCGACAAUCAUAGAGCGCUUCGCGACGGCGACAACGAACGACUGACCCAUUAUGGGCAUUCAUACCUUGCUUGUGCCUCCUUCAUACAGGCCUUCUCCGUCCAACAGCCCGCGAACGGUUCGAUCGAAACCCAAGGGCCGACACCCACGCGUACAAACUUGCAGCAAUACCUGCCUCAGCAGCUUAUUGUCGGAAACUACGCUUUAGAAUUCUGGAAAGCUGAGACUUUAUACGACGGUCCUCUUCCAGUGAUUCCUCAGCUCGCUGAUCCUAGCUACUGGCUUCUUCAAGUAGAAACCAACAACGACCAUAAUAAUCGGGAGAGUGACCUGGAGGCAGCAAGGAAUGAAACUCGUAACGGGAUUUACGAAUAGGGGUAUCGACUGGCCGAGCGUUGUCUACUAUAAAAACUUUAGCUAAUUCGAAGGCUUCUUGGGGUUGUUAUAACUGAGUACUAAGAAGUUCGCUUCCAGGAGAAGCCUUUAAACUAGGUGGUUCGUGUAUAGGUGGGAGGGCAAGUCAGUAGCCAGAUAGUAAGAGCUCGUGACCCUCUUGAGGCUUUACAAAUCUCCGAAGAGCUCCAUUAAUAAUUUGAAGCUGGACGCCAAUAAAAU